CUUACGGUAAGUCUCUUCCUUUUUUCCUGUGUGUUUGAGUGUGUGUGUGAGUUUUUUAAGACAUUGCUUUGGGGGCUACUAUUAUUGGCGCCUUCAGGGUUGUGUUGGGAGUGGGAAGAGCCAUGGGCAAGUAGACACAGGUAUUACCUGGCAGUCAACCUCGGUAUAAUAUUCUACCAUAACAUUGCAGUCAAUCACAGGCCUUAAAAUUGUCUUUUUUCGACCACCUAGAAUCAUGUCUGCACAUAAAAAAUUGAAAAUAACAUAUAGACAGGCGGCCUGUAUGUACUAUGCUGUUGAGCACACCGCAGAAAACGCGCAACGCUGUGCUGAAAAACUCGCUCGCGACGAAGAUUCUAUCCUUGUGUAUAAAAGCGACCCCGAAGAUCCUUUUGUGAUGUCAAAAGCCAAGGUGAAUGCACGACCAAUCACAUAUAAGAAAUAUCUUCAAGAUUAUCCCCGUGCCGAAACACCUGAAGCAUCCUCGGAUGUUGGUGACAAGGAAAACAAGGAUUUGACAGAGGCGCAGUUGGUGGAAACCUUGGAUACACUAUUUCUUAUCGACGAUCCAGGCAACGAUGCACUAUACAACAGUGUUUCCCUUUCCAAUUCUGCUGUAAUCAAGAUGUUGGCACCUCAUCUUCGAGAUGAUCUCCUGGACCCCAAAAGGUUUGGGCAAUGGUGUAAAAUCAAAGACCAUUUGUCCCGGUAUCAGGCAGAGAUACAAGAUAUGAAGAAUGCUGGGAUCGAGGUGCUCGGUUAUGUCCGCAAGUCGCCAUCACAGGGCAAAAACGACAACAAUAGAGUAAAGCUGCUGCAACAGAUGGUGAGCCGUUUGCAAGAACGCUCUCGCGUUGACAAAGUUUAUGUGUCGCCUUGUUGUACCAGUAGUGGUCCAUUACCGGUUAGGGACAUGCCACGGCCUACAAGUAUUCUAAAAAAAUUGCACAACGUCGAUGGUUCUUGCCAAGAUCUUCUCAAUUAUCUCAAGGCCACUCCCAAGGAUAUUUGUUUGGUAGCUUUGGAUUUCGCAGGUUUGAGCACCGACUGCCACGAUAUAUAUCAAUUUGUUUGUGACAAUACCCGUAUACAGAAACUCGUGAUUGAUCUUAUACCAUCGUUAUCAAAAGUGAUCAUUUUCGACCGACAGGAUAUUAUUUCCAAACCAGAAAUAUUAGAAGCUUUCAACUGUCGACAGGCCCCUGCCAAGCGCUCAAGAUAG